AUGUAUUUCUCUCAAGUUAACAGCGUGAAGCCCUCAAAUGUGGCUGUGCUCUCCUCCAUUGGACUUCCCAUGCACAGCACUGCGCUGACUAAGGUGGUAUCAAGACUCAAAGAGCUGAUGACGCUGUUCAAUCCUGCACUCAACAGUCUUCUUUCAGAGGAAACAAACUUGUAUGCCCCUCAGUUUGUUCAACACAGCUCGCUGGUGGAGCAGGCAAAGGAAUUGUCGCUCUCUUUCCAAAACAGUCAGGUCAUUGAUUUGGAUAGAGAUUGGAAGCUGGUUCUUCUCUUUGCUCAAGUAGGCCAGCGCUGUGCCUGUGAGCAGCAUCAGUUUCCAUCUGUUAUCAAAGCCGUGGUUGAAGAGGUGGAUGAUGCUCUGCAGCUGCUGCACUCUCAGCUGAAGCGAGCCAUCGUCAGUGUUGCAUUGUGGGAUGGAGAGCAUGACAAUUUCCACAACAUGAUGUGUCGAUGCAAGGAGUCAAACGACGAGGGAGAAGCCAGACUUCAAAGGGCUAUACUGAGUCAUGCUCUGCAGGAGUCUUUGGAUGAGCUCAUGAUAAAGAGGCGUUGGUACGGCGACAGAGAGGACUUCACCGUCAUUGUGCAGAACACACCUUUCAUCACAGGCCCUUCUUCGAGUGGGAAGCCUCUCUCUGACCAACAAGAAGCACAGCAGGCGGAUACACUGAUGGUCCAGAUGUGGACCAGCCUGCUGCAACCCAUAAGUGGGCAACAUAACACAGAAGACAGUGGAAAUAUCAUCCCAUUGCCGUGUCCAACUGAGGACCGACCCUUCCUGAGGACGGAGGGAAACUCUCCUUCAUAUCACCCUGGUGAUGUCUCUCCUCUCCUUCUCCCAUUUACAGGCACAGUGAUGCCCUGCGAAGACCUCGGGCCCUCACCCUCCACACCCACCUCAGUCCAUGAGCUCAGGCCUGGAGAUAUAAAAGUGGUGGCUGCUGUGGGAGACUCUCUGACAUCAGGGAACGGCAUCGCAGGCAGCCCCAAUAACGUCCUGGACGUCUUGAAUCAAUACAGAGGUUUAUCCUGGAGUAUUGGUGGAGAUGAAAACCUCACAACAGUCACCACGCUGCCCAACAUCUUGAAACAUUUUAACCACAACCUGACGGGCUAUUCUGUUGGCAUGGGCAAGCAGAACACUCCUCAGGCUUUCCUCAACCAGGCUGUAGCGGGAGCUAAGAGCAAGAGCAUACCAUCACAGGUACGAACCCUGGUGGCAAAGAUGAAGAAUGACCCUAGAAUUAAUUUUGAAUCAGAUUGGAAGGUGAUCUCCCUUUUUGUUGGUGGAAAUGACAUCUGUGACCACUGCCACAACUCUCUACUUUACUCUGAAGAGAAUUUUAGAAGUAAUAUUCGAGAGAGUCUGGAUUAUCUACACAAAGAGGUGCCCCGAGCUCUGGUGAAUUUAAUAGAACCUCUUCAUAUAACUCCUCUGAGAGAAAUGCACAUUGACGCUUCACUUAAAUGUCCCACUUGGCUGUUAAAUAUCAUGUGUUCCUGUGUUAUCUUGCCAAAGCCCGGCUCUACAGCGCUGCAAAGGGUGGAGGACAUCAAUAGAGGCUAUCAGCAUUUACUGCACGGACUUGUGGAGUCAAGCCAGUACGACACUCGCUCAGACUUCACAGUGGUCGUCCAGCCUUUCUUCAGAGAAAUCAUUGUCCCCAAACUGCCGGAUGGCCGUGCUGAUCGCUCCUUCUUCAGCGCUGACUGCUUCCAUCUCAGCCAGAAGGCCCAGACGCUGAUGGCUCGCUCCCUCUGGAACAACAUGCUGGAACCUCUAGGCAAUAAGACGACCCUACAGAACUUUUCUUCAAACCCUGAACUGAAAUGUCCAACCAAGACUUCACCGUACAUCCGAACCUAUAACAACAGCAAUUACAUGUAUCCCGGUCCUUCUCCAACCCCAGGACCUAUCACAAACUGGGGGAGUGAUUUCUCCUGUGUGGACAUUGCUCCAUCUGUAACUGUGCCAACCUCAGUUCACCAGCUGAGACCAGCAGACAUCAAGGUGGUGGCAGCUCUGGGAGACUCUGCAACGGCAGGCACUGGCGCUAAGGCAAAGAACCUGUUUGGCCUAAACAAAGACUAUAAAGGAGUAUCGUGGAGCAUCGGAGGCGAUAAAAGUCUGGAGACGGUCACAACACUCCCAAACAUCUUGAAGAAGUUCAACCCUUCCUUAAAGGGGUUCUCCACAGGCCAAGGCCCUAAACACAAGGCCUUCAACUUAGCUGGAGCUGGAGCUAAGACCUCAGAUAUCCCAGUACAAGUACAAGCUCUCAUCAAGACCAUGAGGGAUCAUAAGGAGGUGGAUUUUGAAAAGGACUGGAAACUUGUGACAAUAUUUGUUGGAGGAAAUGAUCUUUGCAAUUACUGCAGAGACCAAAAUAAUCUGUCGCCCAAGAACUACAGCCACAAUAUUAUGCUCAGUUUGGACAUGUUUUACAAAGAGGUACCGAGGCUGUUAGUUAAUCUUGUGGCAAUCUUGCAGAUAGAUCCAUUGAAAUCAGUUAAGAGGGACACACUCGGCUGUUCACUCUUGCAGAGGACCAGAUGUCCAUGUGUUAUCAACCCAUCUGAAAACUCCCCAGAGCUUCAAGAGAUAAAACAAAUAAAUCGUGAAUAUCAGGCUGAGAUCCAACAUCUUAUUUCUGGAAAUCGCUAUCAUGGAAAAGAAGAUUUUGCGGUUAUCCUUCAACCGUUUUUACACAAUUCCUUCAUUCCUCAUAUUGGAGAGGGUGAGGUUGACGCAAGUUUCUUCUCUCUGGACUGUUUCCACUUAAGUGAGCGAGCUCAUGCUGAGAUGGCCAUUGCCUUGUGGAAUAACAUGCUGGAGCCCAUCGGCAGAAAGCAGACCUACAACAACUUCACAUACGACCGCUCUAAGAUCCAUUGUCCCUCUGAGGACAAUCCCUUCAUCUUCACUGAGAUCAACAGCCUACCAAGUCCACCAGUAACCACCACAACAGCAUCCACAGUCGACAGUCCUGCACCACCCAUCCCUGAGACCAGGUGCCCUUCCUCCAUGCCCGUGUUGGUACCAGUGAUCGUGGGAAUUGUCAGUUUAUUGGCUGGCGUUGUUCUUGCUUGGCUAAUUCUCGCCAGCUCUAAACCUCAUGAAAGUAAAGUGGAGAAGGCAGUAGAAAUGAAAGGAACUGCUUUUUGAUAGUUGUUGUUAUCAAGCUACGUGUAUGAUGGAUUUUCAUGAAAGUUUGUCUGGACACUUGUGGUAUUCCAGUUGUUUUGAUGACCAUUAGAUCAGACAGUUGUGGUUUUGAAGGGAAAUGUCUGGAAAACUAUUGGAGAGAUAACCAUUCAUUUAUUGUUUUAGACAUUCAUGCCCUCUCAGGAUACCUUUUUAAGUGUAAAGUGUUACAUUCAGGGACAACCAAUGGCCUUGAUGCUUCAGACAGGGUUGAAUGGGAGGAAGAGACACACAUACUGUUGGCAACAAGAACAAUAUGGAAUAACACCAGGUUUUUUCUUCUUAACACCCUGUAUUUAAAAUUGCAUUUCCACAACUAACAACACUGGAUGACUAAAUAAUGAUGGAGCUGCUGUUCGAUCGCCGAGGUAAAGCUCAGAGGCCUUUUAACAUUUGGCCAAAAUACUCAUUCUGGGCCAAUGAAAGGAAAUAUGUCACCUUCCACACCUGUGCACACAACACACAAAGACGUUAUUAAAGCAUGGUUUAAUGAAAAUAUAAAAGUUUGGAACAAAGAGAGAAUGUGUUUAAUGUACCAUCAGAACGUCUGCUACACUUUCUUGUAAACAUUAAACGUGCUGGAAACAAACCUGUGCAUUAUGCCAUGAUGUUUUUCAAAUAACUAAUUGUAGUUUGGUUUGCUGUUUGUUUUCAUGUUUUUGAAGGUCGACACAACAUACAAGAUUGAGAUUUGACAUUUUUUUCCCUAUUUUGUAUUUUGCAUCUUACCUUUGUAUGUUGUUUGUUAUCAUUGUUGUUUGCUGCUGCUGGCUGGCUGAGGGCUACCAAACGGAAUUUCGCUGUAU